AACUUUAUGUAACGAUUUUUUUUUUUUACGAAUCUUCGAGAACUUUCAUUAUCAGGCGAUUUAAAUAAUGAUUUGACUAUGGAUUGAAUGAAUUAUUUAACUCUCGACAGAUGCACGUGCAAUUCCUUGGGGCUACGUACGGUACGUGCAUUGCCGCACAUUGCCGUAGUAUAUCUUCCAGUGAUUUUUAGUAGAAUACGUAACACGAAAUUUCUUACGUCCUACGUCUGAUUGCUGAUUUUUUUGAAUAAUGACCAUCACAUUGCACACCAAGAUGGAUGAAAGUGGGACACCAGAGAAAGAAAUACAGGCAGAUGUUCCUUACAAAGUAUCUGAAUACAAUGAUAAUUCCAAGGAUUCUGCAAUAAAUCCCCAACAAUCUUCUGAGAAGGAUCUGCAAUGUGAUAGCGAUGAUUGGUUAGAUAUUCUUGGCAAUGGUCAGCUGAAGAAGAAAGUUAUACAAAAGGGUGAAGAAAAUGUAAAGCCGCACAAUGGUGAUAUGUGUACAAUAAAGAUGAUUGGUAAACUCGACGAUGGUACAGUUGUGGAAGACUACAAUAAUUUAACUAUACAAAUAGGAGACAUGGAAGUAAUACAGGGAUUAGACUUAACGAUUAUACUGAUGGAAUUGAACGAAAUAGCUGAAAUUCUAAUCCAUCCCAGAUUUGCUUAUGGUCCUCAUGGAAAUAAAUCUAUACCACCUGACUCCACUAUUACGUACACGGUUCACUUGAAAGCAAUAGAAGAUGAGCCUGAGAUGGAGACUUUAAGUAUUGAACAAAGGAGAGAAAUAGGCAAUAGGAAACGCGAGCGUGGAAAUUGGUGGUUUAUUCGUAAGGAUCUCAGUUUUGCAAUACAAUGUUAUCGAAGAGCAUUGAAAUAUCUACAACUAGAUGAUGAUACAAAAUGGAAUAAAUAUGAAGAAACAGUACCAGUUACUGCUAAAGAACUGCAGACUUUGUUAGAUGAUAGUAUGAAGGUAUACAACAAUUUGGCAGCUGCAUUAAUUGAAACAGAAGCCUAUGAUUCAGCCUUAGAAAAUGUAAAUCGAGUUCUGAAGUAUCAACCAACAAAUAAGAAAGCUUUACUUAGAAAAGGAAAAAUAUUGAAAAUUAAAGGGGAAUAUUCAAAAGCUUAUUUGACCUUUGUUGAAGCGCAAAAGUUGGAGCCAAAUAUGAAAUUGUUACAAGCAGAACUGAUAAGUUUAAAAGAAAAAGUUUUAAAACAAAAUAGGAAAGAGAAGCAUCUAUAUGCUAAAAUGCUAGGUGUGAAUACUAAUAAGUCAUCAAAGGAUGUAAAAGUAGAAGAUAAAAGAAAAAUUGCUAAAGGAAUUCUAUGGACUCUGCUUGGAGCGUCUGCUGCUGUCGUCGGCGGUAUACUUGUACACAGAUUCAUUUCGUGAAAAAAAGGGAAUGUAAAAACAAGAUAAAAUGAAGACAAACCAAGUCAAUGAGGUGCAAAAUAAUUUUCUUUGUAUUAUAAUAACAGAAAUAUAUAGUUAAAUAUUACAAAUAUUACAAAUAUUAUUUGUUGAACUUAGUCAAAGUAAUGUAAAUUUUUAUAAUUGUAAUAUUAAAUUAUAUAUUUCCAACGUGCGAUAUGAGUAUAUUUGAACUAAUAAAUAGUAAACAAAUACGGAAAAUAAUGAAUACAAAAAACUUGACUUGAUAAUUUUUAAUAAUUAUAAAAUCGUAAUGUAUAUAUAUUCGAAUUAUUAUAGUUAUUUUAUAUAAUUAUUUGCAACAUAAAUUAAUAAUUCUUUGAUAAAUUCUAUGUAUGGUGUAUUUUGUGUACAUAUUACAUAUAUAACAAGAUAUAUAUCUAUAAAAACAAAGUUAAGAAUUUAAUUUUAUCCAAAUAUUAUGUUUUUACAUAUUUAAAAACUAAUUUCGAAUAUGCUUAAUACAGCAGAAUAGAGCAGAAUUGGGUGAAUUAAUAUAUUUUAUAAUAUAUUUUAUAAUUUUCUAAAAUUAAAUUUAAAUAAAAUUAAAGUUUGAAUAUCUUAUAAAAUUAAUUUAGUUACGUUAAGAGUUACACGAAUGAAAAACUAACUUAUUUAAAAGCUGCGUUAAGAUUAAGUUAAAUCAAAAAUUAAUUUUAAUAAGUAUUGUUUGUAUUAGAUUAGAAAGUCACAUGAUUUUUUAAAAUUAGAUUACUUUAAAUAUCAAAAUAAUAAAUAAUUAAAUAAAUAA